AUGUAACUAACUGGAUUAACCCUCAUUAAGUUGCUAUUUGGAGAAAUUGAAAUGAUGAAACAACAAGACCUAGUAUAUUUACUUUUGAUUUAAGAAAUUAUUAUGAUGAAUAAAAUUGGUUACCUGAACCUGAAUCUAAAUUAAUUUUAUUCAUCCUUUGGUCUCAGAUGA